AUCUGUCCAACAUCGACCGAAGCUUAUCCCUUCUAGCUGACCGGGCUUGCUUGAAUCGAGGCGCGUGCCUAGCUGCCUUCCUGGGAACUGACUAAUGGGACGGCGUGUCGUAUCUACCACGUACGCCUGUAUGUAUGUAUGUGUCUAUGUUUCGCCGGGGUUUUGCUUUCUAUCUUGGUUCUGGGUUGUUGGCGUGGGGGACCGAACUGACGUGUUGCUGAUUCGUCAUAUUGGAUACCGAUACCUAUGCCUACUUGUCUGCUCAUGGAUAUACAUAUGCUUGCUCGUAUGGUGUAUGUAUGGUUGGGUAGAAACGGAUAUACACAGGACUAGACCCGAGACAUAAGCUAUGAGGCGAGCUAGAGACGAGUAGUAGAUAUGUCAAGUAUGUAUAGGUAUAGGUAUAGGUACAUCUCUGGUACAUACAGACAUGGCCUAGUUACCGCCGAAAGGCCAAUUCGGGCCCCUGCUCGACCUCACCGCGUCGCUAGCACCGCCAACCCCAGCUGAUUCGCGCUUUCUACGCUCUGCCUCCUCGCGCAGCCGUGCCGCGACGCCGUUUAAACCCGUGCGGUUCUUGUUCAUGAUAGCCUCGGCGGCCGAACCAUUUGGCAGGCCGUUGCGCACCCUGGGGAACGUGGCAA